UUGAAACCCUCGAGAGAUUGGUCGACAAAAAGAGUGAGAGGAGAGCGAGCGAGCGAGCGAGCUCACACUGCGCUAAGAUCGGCUCUUCGCUCCUACAAAUCCACGAUCCUGUUCCUCGUCGAUCCCCCGGGGUUCCGAUCCAACCUCUACUCUCCAAUCUCGAUCCAUUUCUCAACGAUUAUUGCGAUUUUCGGCCCUUUUUGCCCCAAAUUUCUCCCAAAUUACGAAAAAUUCUAAUCCGAUUCGUAAGGAUUCAUCCGGCUUGUUCUUAGCACACUAGAUUGGGGAAUGGGGGUGGAGGAUUACCAUGUUAUAGAGUUGGUCGGGGAGGGAUCUUUCGGGAAGGUGUACAAAGGGAGGCGAAAGUAUACGAGACAGUUUGUUGCUAUGAAGUUUAUUCUUAAGCACGGAAAAAGCGAGAAGGAUUUGCACAACUUAAGACAGGAAAUCGAGAUCCUCAGGAAGUUGAAACAUGAGAAUAUAAUUGAGAUGCUCGAUUCGUUUGAAACACCGCAGGAAUUUUGUGUUGUUACGGAAUUUGCUCAGGGAGAACUAUUUGAGAUUCUUGAGGAUGAUAAGUGCCUUCCAGAAGAGCAAGUUCAAGCAAUUGCUAAACAGCUGGUAAAAGCACUGUAUUACUUGCACUCAAAUCGCAUUAUUCAUCGAGACAUGAAGCCGCAAAAUAUCCUCAUUGGGGCAGGAUCUGUUGUUAAGCUUUGUGACUUUGGAUUUGCACGUGCAAUGUCUGCUAACACUGUAGUCCUGCGUUCUAUUAAAGGUACACCUCUGUACAUGGCUCCAGAAUUGGUGCGGGAACAACCCUACAAUCACACAGCAGAUUUGUGGUCUCUUGGGGUUAUUUUAUAUGAACUAUUUGUAGGUCAGCCCCCAUUUUAUACUAAUUCGGUGUAUGCACUGAUUCGACACAUAGUCAAAGAUCCAGUGAAAUAUCCAGACACGAUGAGUCCAAAUUUUAAAAGCUUCUUAAAGGGCUUACUCAACAAGGUCCCACAAAAUAGACUAACUUGGCCAGCACUGUUGGAACACCCCUUUGUCAAAGAUAAUGCAGUAGAAUCAGAAGAUGGGGAUUCCCUAAUUGCAGCUGAUGCUGUUAAAGGAAGCGAAGUUGGGAGGAAAGCGGAGGAGAAUCAGAUACCGGCUUCAACAACUCAAUCUUUGGCUACCAAUCCUGAAUGUAAAACUAUUCCUCCUAAUAAUGAGAGUGGCACUCAAAAACUUCCCACUGAUGAAAAAGUUUGUGAGACUUUGCCAGCUUCUGACAUUCAACACCAGAUUUCUACAGAACUUCCUGUUUCUGAUGGUAAUCUUCCUACAGAUUUCCAAAUUUUGGAGAAGCUGGAAAGAGCUUCACGGACAGUCAGAGGUGCAAAUAAUAUUGGCCAAGAUAAUGAAGCAUUAUCAGCUAUCUUAUAUCCCAUGAAGUCUUGGAUCAGUAAAUCUCCUAGCUCUUUGAGGGAGUUGAACAUUGAUCAUGUUAACCAGUCACUCCGCAUCCUUACAAAUUUUAUUGCCGCUGGGUCGCACCAAUCUUGUGUAGCAUUGGAUGACAUCAUAAGCUUGCUCCUUGAGUUUACUGAUACCAUCAUCAAGAUGAAGCUAUCUGAUGCUCACGGCUUGGCAGUGAAGAGUCUUGCUAUUUUAAAGAAACUGCUUGAUAACAGUGCAAGUGGAGGUGGAAGUUCAUAUGCCAAACAUUGGGUUGCACUCAAUGAGCUAUAUUCACAGGUUCUGGUCUCAGCAUUAGAUGAAUCUGGAAGGAUUGCAUAUGAAUCUACUGCAUGCCUUGCCGUCAUGUUAUCUCGAGUUGUUAUGGCGCUGAAAGAAGCUGUCUCAUCUAAGGGCUCAAAACCAGUGGAAGAAAGCUUUCUCCAGAUUGUUGAUCAUUUAAAAGGAUCUCACAUAUUGGAACUUCUAUGCAUGUGCCUAGAAGCUUCAGGCUCGAGCCUUUUGUCAGGCUCUUCCAAUAUGGUACCAGCGGCUUGUGAAUCAUGCAAGGUUAUUUGGUAUCUAAUUCAUGCGGUAGAGAUUAUAUCGCUUAAAGGACAAUACAUUGUAUUUCCAUUAGCUCGUUCACAGCGGCAUUCUCUAUGUCAGCCUGAUGCUAGAGCUGAAGACCAAGAUUUAUUACCUGAUGCAGGAUGUGCGAAACUAAUUGAGAUGGUUGUCAAGUCAUUUCUUGCAUCCAAGUCUGUCCAGGUCGCAAUUUACUACUGCUUCCACAAUGGUCUAGAAUCAGCUCUUCGUGCUGCUCUUCAGCUUAUGUCGAGGAUCUGUCUGAUGAGCACACCUAUCUGUGCUGUCCUGUGUGGCAUACAAAAUCCUUCUUCUACUGACCAUGAAAUCGAUCGUGGCGGAGAUGGAACAGUUGUAUCUGAUAUUUUUUCCAUAUUGUCGUUAUGUGCUUCAUAUCUAAACAAAGAAUCCAAGGAAUCGGGCAUCCAAAAAUGUAAAUUGUCCAACCCUCACUCAUUGGUAGUUCAUUGUUGCCUUGCAUUGGCGACAAUUGCAAACCGUCUGAAAUCUGAUGGAAAAUGUUCAGCAUCAGUUAUUCUCACCACUUUUGAAAAGAAACAGCGAUCACGGCUUUCUGUUCUCGUACAGCUGUCUACAUCUGAUGAUACUGUAACAAGUUGCCUCCAACCACACUGUGCAUCGGCAAUGCUGGCAUUGUCAUCAAUAUUAUCACUAGAAAAUGGAGGACAUUUGAAGUCUUUCAUCUGCGAAAAUGCGCUCGCUAUGUUUCCUCCCAUGGCAACUCUACGCUCCCUCCUAAAGCUUUGGUUAUCUGAUGAUAGCGAAGCACUAAGCAAUUAUAAUGGAGGUCUCUUGAAUUGGUUUGGGAUUAGAGAUGGGAGUAUUGGGUUGCUAGAAACUAGAUUGCUAUGGGGGGGGCCUCUGGCUAUUGAGCAAGCAUGUUCAAAUGGUAUUCCUCAGCUUCUUGUACGGCUUUUGGUUGAUAUUCUUUCUAAAGAAUCCUCGAAGGGUACAGACAGCUCGAAGGAUCGAAGUGGGCUGUCACCACUGGGAGUAGUGUGGACGCUUUCUUCUUUAUGUCAGUGCCUUCCUGGAGGUGUUUUUCGCGAGAUCUUGUUUAGGAGGGAACACGUAAAGCUCAUAGUUGACUCCUUAUCUGAUUUACACCUGAAGGCUUUGAGAAUCUGGACAGGACUUGGUGGUGGGAGAAUUGGAGUUAGGGAUUUGAUAAAUUCAGUUGUUGAUCUUUUGGCAUUUCCUUUUGUAGCAGUACAGAGCUCUCCCAGUGUACCAUCAACCUCUGCAUCUAUCAAUAGUGGCUUCCUUUUAAAUAUAGGUUCACCGGGUGGAAGAAUUGGUGUUGAGAAUAGGGAAAUGCUCAGAGCAAUUGAUGCCAGCAUGCCCCAGUUUGUUCAAGUUCUUCUGGAGGUCGGUGUUCCAGGAUGCAUUCUAAGGUGCAUAGACUAUAUUAAUAUGGAAGAUCUUGCAAGACCCAUGGCUUUUAUGGCAAAAAUGGUGGGCUACCGCCCCCUCGCUUUACAACUUGUUAAAGAGGGCCUUCUAAAUCCGGGUAGGGUGAGAAUGUUGCUUGAUGGUUCUCUCCCAAGGGAGGCUUUGCUCGAUUUUCUGAUGAUAGUUUCUGAUCUUGCUCGAAUGUCAAAGCAGGACUUCUACGAGGCUAUUGACAAGGCUGGUUUCGUAGGGUUUCUGAAAGACUUCCUAUUGAGCGACGAUUCCGAUAUUCGGGCAAAGGCUUGCAGUGUUAUUGGGAAUAUGUGCAGACACAGCUCCUACUUUUAUAGCUCGCUUGCCACUCAUAAGAUUAUUGAUCUGCUAAUUGAUAGAUGUGCUGAUCCAGACAAACGCACUCGAAAGUUUGCAUGUUUUGCUAUUGGAAAUGCUGCGUACCACAACGACAUGCUGUAUGAAGAGCUGAGGCGAUCCAUACCUCAGCUCGCAAAGCUUCUAUUUGCAGCAGAGGAAGAUAAAACCAAAGCCAAUGCCGCAGGUGCCCUUAGUAACCUCGUAAGAAAUGCCAACACACUCUGUGGAGACAUUGUCUCUCAAGGCGCUCUACAGGCUCUGUUGAAGUUGGUUAGCAACUAUUCGACCGUCGCUUUGAGCCCAAGCAGAAGGGAUGCUGUCAGCGAUUCACCUCUUAAAAUUGUACUCUUUGCUUUGCGUAAGAUGUGCGACCAUGCUAUUUGCAGACGUUUCCUGUGCUCAUCCGAGCUAUUCCCUCUCCUCACUCAGCUUAGACAAUCACCAGAUCCAGUCAUUGCCGAAUAUUCUUCUGGUAUUAUCAGCAAAGCAAGUCAAUCAUGAUUUUCACCUCCUUUUGUUGUAAUCUUUUGUGCAUAUUGUCGCAUGCGUAGUAUGUCAAUUGCAAGAUCAACGGACGGUUUUUAUCAUUGGCAUGAGAGGGCAUCUUUCAAGUGCAAAUCGGUUUAUUGUAUUUUGUUUAAUCAUUUGUUGAACAUGAAGAUCUGAAUGUUCGGCAACUUGCUGGUGAGUAAGAUUGCGUUCGAUUCCUUGACCUUGCCGCCGCACCAAUGUGGGGCACUACAUCAAGAUUGUUGCAUGUAAAAACUGCUUUUUUUGCACGAAAUCUCUGUAGGGAAGCCGAAGUCUCAAUCCUUGUGUGUUUAAUUUGAAAGAUAUGUAAGAACUUACCGCUAUAGGAUGAAAUAAAUUAUUAUCUGAUGUUA